AGGACGUGUUCAGAUUGCAGACCCUACUGCAUCCAUGUGGUGUGAAAAUGGUGGCACAUUCGAGAACGGGCGAUGUCGGUGUCCUGCGCAGUUCGCUGGAACAACAUGUCAGCGGCUGAUUCGAGACUGCAAGGAGGCGUAUGACAAUGGACACAGACUGGGUAAUCCAGGUUUGCCGUUCCUUAUACAGCCUCUUGGAGUUACCGAACCCUUCUGGAUGGUAUGUAUCCUGGAGUGGAAUGGUGUAAGCUACGUUCUCAUGAGGAACAGAAUGAUCUCCCUCAACGCCAACUGGACGACAGCAAAGACCUGGAUCGGGGACGACCUGUCUGUCAAGCUGUACGACGUCGACUACUUCAUCGGCCUGGAGAAUCUCUACCACCUGCUAAGGCAGGCCGAGUACCAGGCCAACCUGUUCUGCAUUUACAACAAUUCCAACAGUCGAGGGUGGAUAUACUACGGUCAAUUUUCCGUUGCUCCAGAAUAUUCUUCAUACGCUCUCACUUAUUCCUACGCAAGUCCUGACAACUAUGAGUAUCUCGAUAACGGCUUCUCUAAAAACGCUCCAGUCGUCUUUUCUACCAACGAUCAUGACCCGAACUCCUGUAACCACUCAUACCCCGGGUGGUAUGAUUCCGACUGUGGCGGGUACAGUCUGUUUGCUGACAAGGUAGUCUGGCCAGUGGGCGGAUUGGAUAGAAAUAUUAAUAUUCUUAAUAUUGCAUUGACCAGGGUUUCGAACUUUGUUGUCAACUGA